AUGGUUUCAGAUUCAACAUACACGUACACGGCUAUCGCUGCCCCACGAAACAUCCGUCUUAUUCACCUCCACCCUGGAAGUGAGACUGACCCGGCCUCUCUCUCUCUUGCAACCGUUGCCCUCGACUCUGUUCCCGAUUACGAAGCCAUUUCGUAUUGCUGGGGCCAUGCUGCGGACCAGCGCCAGGUUACAUGCAACGGUGCAACCCUCUCCAUCACCAACAGCCUCUUCACCGGACUUGUCGCGUUUCGACGACCAGAUCGACCCCGCAUUCUCUGGGCAGAUGCCAUCUGCAUCAAUCAGGAGGAUUUAGUGGAGAAGCGCAACCAAGUACUCCUUAUGCCCGAGAUCUACUCACGGGCUAAACGCGUUCUCGUAUGGCUCGGUAUCGCCGAUGAUCCCGUGUACGGGCGCGUACCGCUAAGCGUUGUAGAUUCAAUCCAAGAGGCCCUGCAAAUGAUUCCCGAGUUUAACCCCGAAGAUGCCUCUGGAAUGGUAGCGACCAUACGGGCGCUAUAUGAAGAUUCGCAACGGUUAAGUGAACAGGGCAAACCGAAUCUGUUGGAUCACGAUUGGCUGCCUCUGGGCGCACUUCUGUCGCGCCCAUGGUUCCGCCGCAAGUGGAUGAUACAGGAGAUCUCCCUCGCCAAGGAAGUUCUAGUUCAUGUUGGCAACGACGUCCAAUUCCCAUGGCUGAACAUAGCACAGCUGAUGUUCAGUAUCGGGGUAUUGAACAUCGACAGUGCUGCAAGCCUACAAAUAGGCAAGGCGCAGAAUGUCCCAACUCACCAGAGAGAUCGAGACGGCACAUUAAGGGAACCCAUAAGUGGCGACGGAGAGGCUAAGAAAACAUUCAAGGGCUCCUCGUUCUCAUUCAACGCGGCGCUGCAAUGCGCUGCGGCUAUCUAUAUGGUUCAACUUUUUCGACAUACUGGCACACUCCUGGACGGAGUUGUGGUUGCGCAGUUGUUUGAAUGUACCGACCCUAGGGAUCACGUCUACUCGCUCUUGAGUCUUAUUUCCACAGGCCCAACUAUCCAGCCCGACUACGAAGCCUCCCUCAGCGACGUGUUUCGCCGUUUCGCCAAGGCAAUGCUGGUAGAGGGUCAGAGCCUAAAGGUUCUCGGCCUGGCACCCAACAAGCAUGCUUUCUACAAACCGGACGCGAAGGACGUUGAGGGCCUCCCGUCGUGGGUUCCCGAUCUGCGAGACAUUCAUUCGAACGUCUUGACCGGGUCUUCGGUUCGGCCCCAAGCAUUCUCCGCCGGCGGAAAAAACAAGCCUAUCCUGCAAAUAUCUGCGGACGAGCGUAUCCUCAGCUGCUCUGGCCGGGUCGUCGACAGUGUCAAAGCCUUCUCCACAGGCUUGUUAGACAUGGUCCUGGAUGACAUGCCUGAGUUGAAGGCAAACCCGGCGAUUUUCCUAGAGACUGACGAUCCUCUGCCAGAACGGAGGCAACGACGUUUCGCCCGCUGGCUUGACGGAUGCUACAGUCUUGCAUUUGGCCACCGCUAUGCGGAUCGGGAUAUAUCUAACCCUCAGGACCAUUUGAUGGGGUCUUUUGCGCGGAGCAUGACGUCUGAUAUAGACUCGAUGAGGAACCGCGCCGAUCGAGAGUCUAUAUCCAAGUUUCCUCAAUACAUGGAACGGAUAUUUGACGACGUGGAAAAGGGUAACUUUGAUUUGGAAAUCAAAUCAACCAAAAUGCCCCCUGAUUUAACAAGUUUGGGAGAAACCAUUAGGGGUUUCGCAAUAUCCUUAUUUUGUGUAACAGGAAAUGGACGCUUUGGGCGGAUACCUCAUACUUCUCGUCCUGGUGAUGUUGUGUGCGUCUUUGUUGGCGCUGAGACACCGUUCAUCAUACGUCCGACAGGUCGUGAAACAUACACCAUGAUUGGAGAAUGCUAUAUUGACGGAAUAAUGGAUGGCGAAGCAAUAGAAGGGUUCUCUGUAGAUACUAUUGAGUUAGAGUAG